AUGGAGUCGAUCUCGCGCAUCUCCAACCUCCUCGAGAGUGCCCGCGAACUCACACUCGAUGCGUCAUCGGCUGCCCGCAGCGGCUUUCGCAGCCCUGCACGGCCGCUCGACAGCCGCCAGAUCAAGAAGCUGCUCGAUAGCCGCGCCGACCGCGACGUGCUCGACGGCCUGCGCCGUGUCACCACGAUGGCCUACCGCGGCCAAAAAACGCUGCCGUUCUUCUCGUCCGUCGUCAAGAAUGUGGCGUCGCCCAACCUCGAGAUCAAAAAGCUCGUCUACAUUUACGUCGUGCACCACGCCGAACAAGAGCCGGACAUGGCCCUGCUGUCCAUCAACACCAUCCAAAAAUCGCUGUCCGACACCAACCCACAGGUGCGCGCGCUGGCCCUCCGCACCAUGUCGGGCAUCCGCGUGCCCGUGAUCAGCCAAAUCGUGUCGCUGGCGAUCAAAAAGGGCGCCGCCGACAUGAGUCCCUAUGUGCGACGGGCGGCCGCCCUGGCGAUUCCCAAAUGCUACCGGCUCGACCCGAGCCAGCUGCCGUCGCUGCUCGAGUAUCUGGGGACGCUGCUGGGCGACAAGCAGUACUAUGUGGCAGGCGCAGCCGUGGCCGCGUUCAUGGCCGUGUGCCCGGAGCGGCUGGACCUGAUCCACCGGCACUACCGCGACCUGGUGCGCAAGCUGGUCGACAUGGACGAGUGGAGCCAGCUGGCGACGCUGCGGAUGCUGACGAUCUACGCGCGCAAGUGCUUUCCGCGGAGGACGCGGCAGGUGGCACAGGAGAGCACGACCACAGUCAGCAGCAACAACAGGCGCAGCUCCAAGACAACGGCGGCACGCACCCUCGACCUGGGCGGUUUCUACGGCGAGCCCGCCGCCGACAGCAGUGGAAGCAGCGACACGGGCCAGGUGGCUACUCCGAGGGAGCCCUCCACCUUCCAGACCGUCGUCGAUCUCGACCCGGACCUGACUCUGUUCCUCAACGCCAUUCGUCCCCUGCUCCAGAGCCGCAAUGCGGGCGUCGUCGUGGCCGUCGCCCGCUGCUACGUGAGUGUCGGCACCGCCGAGUACGUCCGUGAUGCCGUGGGCCCGCUCGUUGCCCUGCUGCGCGGACCCCAGGACACCCAGCAGAUUGCUCUGUACAACAUUGCCUCUGUGUGCCUUGCCUACCCUGCCGACUUUGUACGCUACGCGUCGCGGUUCCUCGUCCGCGCCACCGAUCCACCGGCCGUUUGGCGCCUCAAGCUCGAGGUGCUGGCACUGCUUUUCCCGCACAGCCCGGCACCCAUCAAGUCGCUGAUCCUCAGCGAGCUCGAGCACUUUGCGCGGGGGUCCGACAAGGCUCUUGUACGCGAGGCCGUCCGUGCCAUUGGACGGUGUGCGCAGGCAACCGACGGUCCCGGCGGCUCAGGUGGGCAAGCGGACGCGACGACCGCUGCUCGCUGCCUGCGGCUGCUGCUCGCCCAGAUCACGAGCCUCGACGGCACGCUCGCGGCCGAGUCGCUGACCGUGAUCCGCCACCUGAUCCAACAGGACCCGGCAGCACACGCGGCCACUGUUGUACGGCUUGCCAAGAACCUGGACGCCGCAGACGACCCGCAGGCGCGUGCCACGAUCAUCUGGCUCGUUGGCGAGUUCUCCGGUCUCAACGGCGAGGACAACAUUGCCGCCGACGUGCUGCGCAUCCUCCUCAAGGACUUUGCCGGUGAAUCCGAGGCCGCCAAGCGCCAGAUUGUGCUGCUGGCCGCCAAAGUGUACCUGCACCACAUCAACCGCGAAGCCGAGCGGAAUCCCCCACCUGCACCAUCGGACGCCAAGCCAACGCCGUCACCCACACCCUCGCCGCUGGCCGACCUCGUUCCAGAAGGGUUUGCCGACGACGGCGGGUUCGGAUCUCCGCCGUCGCACUCGCCUCUGCCCGCCGCGUCGCCGGCCCCCGACGAGUCGGCCGAUCACCCCAUCCGCCGCCUCUGGGACUACGUUCUCUUGCUUGCGCGCUACGACGUCUCCUACGACCUCCGCGACCGCACCCGCCUCUACCGCGCGCUGCUCGAGGUGCCGCAGCUGGCCACGCUGAUGCUGCUCGCACCCAAGCCUGUGCCGCACGCGCCCAGUCCAUCCGCAGUGCGUCGCGGGUUUACCCUCGGAUCGGCGGCGCUGGUUCUGGGCGCAGGCGGCGAUGCGUCCGCCGUGGCCAGUCUCGACAGCACUGGUGGCGGCACCGUCAGCCGCGGUAUGCUGCAUGGGAUCCGGGGCUACGAGCCGCUGCCCGACUGGGUGCGCGAGGGUGACGAGCCGGACGCGCGGCUGCGGGAGACGGAGGAGAGUCUGGCCGCGGUACCGUACGACGACCGUCGUAGCGGCAAAUCCGGAGCUGUGCCGGCCGGCGCGGGCCUGGAUGCCGCGGCGGCCAAGAGUCGUGGCCCGGUGGUUGGCGGAGCCGCGACCAACGGCGGCCGGGCCGCCGCGAGCAAGCUAGGAUCCAAGACACUUGAUGAUUGGCUUGCCGAAGAAGAGGCCGAAGAAGAAGAAGAAGACGACGAUGACGAAGAUGACGAAGAAGAAGACAGCAGUGAGGAAGAGAGCAGUGACGAAGGCGACGAUGAAGACGAGGGGGAAAGCGAAGAAGAAGAGAGCAGUGAGGAGGAAGACGAAGAGAGCGAGAGCGGCGAGGAAAACGACCGUCUGAUGCCGGCGUAG